AUGCUUCAAGAGGCCUUCAAGGACGACUGCAUUUCAAGGUCACAGUCCGGGAGAUGGCACAAGACGUUCAAGGAGGGCCGGGAGGAGAUCGCCGACGAACCCCGUUCUGGACGCCCAACAACGGCCAGAAGCGAUGAAAACGUGAAACGUGUGCGCAAAGUUUUGCGUUCCAAUCGUCAAUUGAGCAUCCAGCAAAUCGCUGACAUCCUAAACAUGUCCAUAUUUGCGGUACAUGGGAUAAUGACCGAUGAUCUGCAAAUGCGCAUCAUCCCCCCAGCCACACGGCCUUCAUCGUUACCAAUUUCCUGGCCCGGAGCAACACCCCGGUGA